GGUGAUUCCGACAAAAGUCAAGUUAAGCAGAGCCUCUUCAAGGUAUAAUUUUAUGUGUAAGAUAUGCAUAGAAGAAGUAUUAAAGCGUUCGGCCAAAGUGUUUACUAUUAAGCGAUGCUGGAUUUUAGAUGCUAGAAUCUAUGCAUCGAACCCUCGAGGGUAAUGAAAGGAAAAGCAAAAUAAAAUCAACCCACAGAUUAUCAUAAUAGGGUAGAUUGUAGAAGUCAGAAUCAAGUGUUCAACACCUAUGGUACACACACAGAAGAUAUAGAGUCCAGAUGGUAAUCUGUACUUUCUUGCUGUCCCCGGAAGCUGUUGGAUCCUGCCAGUUCAAUUUUAGUCCCCACACCACGUGAAUGACACACCCUUGGAACAUGGACGCCAGCUCACCUCAGGUCACCUCAGGUCACAGGUUCGUUGCUGUCUUACCGCUUGAUUCUUUGUUUGGGGCGCCGUCAACGUCGUUCUGAGGAAAAGAGUAAGUUGGUCAAAUGGGGGCGUCGGUGCGUUGAUGUAUCGAAGUCGGAUUUGAGCCAUAGAGCGUCUCUCGUAUUAUGUACAACGUCGUGCAACCCCUUGCGUCUCCAUGGAACGAUAUAUAUCGUACCGUUCUGUGGUCCUUGCUCGCAAAACAUCAGGCAGUCGUUGUCUGAGCUUCGUCCUGGUACCCACGAUCGACUAACUUAAAGCGAAGAAGUCACACGUUAGCGUAGAAAGACCUGUCGAGUGAUUGUUGUCAUAUAACCACGUUUAUUUCAGGGCUUUCAAGUCGCAUAAGAGGUUCUUCUGGAGAGAGCAGCAGCAGGGCAGUGUGGGUAAAAAAGGCAUCUACAGCUACCACCUACUUGUAUGGAGGCCUUGUUGAGGUAGACCCAGAGCCAUGGCAAAGAUCUAUGUGGGGAACCUUCCGCCGCACGCGGACCAAAGUUUGCUGCAUGCAACAUUCGACUCCUUCGGUCAGGUGACGGAGUGCGAUGUCCUGAGGGAUGCAGCUAAAGUCUACGCAUUUGUGCACAUGAAGGACAUGUCUUGUGCAGAGAAGGCAGUGCUGGCUCUGAACGGGAGUGAGUUUAUGGGGACCCACAUACUUGUGCAGCAUUCCACCAGCAAGCGGCGCCCGUUUGACCGGCCGGAGGGUGGUGGGUUUUCCCGCGGAGGCUGGUCCAACAACUACUCCAGCGACAGAGGAGGGAGGGGAGGGGGGCCAUCUGACUACAAGCGCAGACGCACAGACUAUGGAGGCGGGGAUCAGUAUGGGGGUUACGGGGACUACAAUUACAGCAGCGGUGGUUAUGACAACUAUGGAGGGGGUUACGGGGGUUACGACUACAACCAGUAUUACCAGAACUACUACAGGCAAGACCAAGGAAUGGAUUAUAACAGGAUGCAGCAGGGCGGAGGUAACUACCGUGGACGCGGCUACAACAACCGCGGCUGGCAGCCUCGCGGGAACUACGGACAGAGGGGCGGAUUCCGCGGGGGCAGGGGCAGAUAUCAACAGAACAAUUCCAUAAAUGUGGAGAAGAAAGAAGAGUUUGAGCAGUCUGGACAGAAGACACUGUUGGAGGCGAGUAACGAUGCCCUGGACUUCCUGGACUCCCAGAUAUCCGACCCCACAUUCCAGUCCGGACACACAGACAUCGCAUAUUACUUCAGGGCCCCGAUGGCGUUCUACCUGGGCGGUGCCACCAUCCAGGCCCACACCAUGUUGGACUUCAUCAAAACCACCUUCAUGAGGGAGGACGGGGACUUCAUAUCUCCUGGGAUGGACACUGGAAAGAAGAGUAUCAACGGUGCGUAUAACGAGUUCUACAGCUACACGAACGGUUGGAUCGCCAUGGCGGCGCUGAGGAUGGGAAGGUUCGACGUGGCGACGUACGCCUACCAGUUCCUGAAGACCUUCCUGCAUCCGACGCUGGGGGGCUGCACCACGAAAGGUCCUUACGUAGAAGGCUCUGACAACGUUGUAGAUCUUCUCUCCACUGCCCACCUGGGUCUUACAUUCCUGUACUUCGGAGACAUCGACAGCGGACGAUCGUGCGGGGAGCUCGUCAAGAAGUUUGUUGAGAAGAAAGAAGAAGAAAAGUUCUACCUUCGCAUGGGGAACGAUGGAGAACUGAUCAAGAACUAUGAGGCAGACUCCGCGGACUUCUACGUCAUCCAAGCAGACCAACCACAGCAGGCGUUCUUCAUGAUUGGGUACCCGAUGGCGUUCUGCGUGAAGCUGUACGCGGCGACGGGAGAUGAGUCGUACCGCACGUGCGCCGAGCAGAUCUUCCAGUUCUGCCAGUCCUGUCACGAGUCCGUCUACUCCUUCUCCUACAGUCACAAGGUUGCGUGGGGUUCAGCCCUCCUGGCGUCCUGCUCCGUGGACAGCCAGAAAUACGCUGAGUCGGCGCGAAAGAUUGCAGACUACCUGGUGAACCUACAGAGCAGCAGGGGAGGGUUCCUGGAUAGCAGCGAAGAUCUGGAGAACUUCGAUCAGACGGCAGAGAUCGCUGUUUGGCUGAGAGAGAUUGAGUCCGAGCUGCGGUUCAGUCAGCAGCAGGCCGCAGCUACAGCCACAGAUACAACAGCUACAACAGCAGCUGGGCAGAACGGGAACACAGAGACAGGUGGCAAUGAAGGAGGUACAGAAGCUGAACCAGCUGCACCCGGCACAGAGGGAGAGCCGCCUGCGCCGGGAACUGAGACUGAACCACCUGCGCCGGGCACGGAGGCCGACCAAGCGGCACCCAGCACCGAAACCGAGGUACCCGUAAAAGUCGAACCUGCCUGGUCUGACACAGAAACUCCAGCGACAGAGGGGGAGGGAGAACCACAGAUGGAACAGCAGGAACCAGCAGAGGAACCACAAAUUAAGCAGGAACUAGUAGAGGGGGGCUCGCUGCAAGAGGGAAGUGCCGAUGAGGUGGCCGUCAAGGUCGAGGGGGCUGCUGUCUCGGGGGAGGGGGGCACCGAGGAGGCCGUGGCUGAAGUAUCAGUUAAGGAAGAAGAAGCUACUGAACAAAUGGAAACAUAGGCAAUCCCUUUCUGCCGCUUUCUGUGUACGCUGGUCCAGUGUUCUAGCCAGCAUCCGUCCUUCUGUUCUUUGGCAGAGUUUUGACGCUGGGGACAGACAAAAAUUCUGCCCUAUCUGUCCUUUUGACGGACAAAAAUCAGCAGGUAAUGAUAUUGAUUGAACCAAGCUGAGUCUACCAGCAAAAUUCGCCCGACUAAAUAAAGGAAAUAGCAUUUCAGAGGGUCUAGAUGUCAAACUUUUCCUUGGGGAGCAUACCCCUGGACCCCUUCGGACCGUAGCGCCUUUGACAGGAUUUCGAUUCAAAAUCCAGGGGAUGGAAAAAAAUUUCAAGCUGGCUAGAACACUGCGCUAGGCGCCCUUUCUACUAGACAACGAUCACUGAACAACCUUACUGUGACCAAGGAGGUUUAAAAAGACACCUUGCUGUGACCAAAAUUGGAUUUCUGUGAUCCUUGAUUUCGUGUUUGGACUAUGAUGCUGCAUGUAUAAGUAUGAGUUAAAGAAAACAUUACAAAAUUUGUUAUCUAUGAAAUCUUGGUUGCAGUUGCAGUGUGGUCGUAGAAACUAGUAGAAGGGUGAGUCGUAAGCACAAAUGUAUGAGGGUGCACUGUUACAUGGGGAGUUGUUUUGUCAUCUGUCACAGGGGAAAUUGGAAUUCCAAUUUCUCCUAGGAGAAUUCCAAAUUUCCCUGGAUUCCAAUCUCCCCUAUGACACAUUUCUGUUUUUCAUUUCCACAAACAGCCAAGCCGGUUUGGAAAUGUGACAUAUGCCUAAAUGGAUGCCAGGCUGACCUGAGAUGUAUUCCUGGUAAAAUAAAUAAAGUGAAAGACAAGGAUAUUAAAUGAUAGAGGAUGAUGUCAUAUGUCCCAUCUAUUGUCUAACCAUGUGGUUGUUGGGAAUACAAAAGAAAACACUUAUUGUUCAACUUGAGAUUAUGCUAUGGUUAUUGUAGUUGAAGUUACUGCAGGAGAUCUUUGGUGAAAGGUGCUUCUAAUACUAGUUUGUUGCAAGUUACGCACAUCUUUUUCUGUAUGCAAAUGCCAUUCGUACUCAAUAGAAGAAAUAGAAAAAAAUGUAUCGGUUAUUGCAAAUCAUUUACUUUCGCAUUGUUUAAAAGUAAUGGUUGAAACAGUU